AUGCCUCCUGCCAGAAUUGAACUAGCGACCUUUGCAUUACAAGUGCAACGCUCUACCACUAAGCUAAGGAGGCUCAAUAUUUUAUGCAAAUUCGCUAAAAGUGGUACAGGAGCUAAUCCAGAGGGACCUCUAGGGGUUUUCUCUGGUGAAAGCUCUUCAAAUCAAGCCUUAAACGAGCCAAAACCACCGGAUAUUGACCGAAAUCCACACGACCAUGUCGCACCCCCUGAUCUGAUGGACCUCGAUGGCGAGUCCACAGAUGCCGAUGAAAACGGCAAUUUAGAGCCAUCCUUCGUGACUGCAGUGUCAUCUACCUCUGAGGAACCGGCCCAACUACGGGAUAAUCCCAUGGACGAGCUGGUUAUUCAGAACCAGACCCCAUUAAGUCCUACUAUGGAAAGUUUUGAAACCUCAGUUUCGGAAAUUUUUGAUGGAAAAUAA